AUGAUUAAUGAAGAUGAAGAGGAAUUUGUAUAUGCUCAAAAACAGGCAUUGCCGAUAUCAUCAGAAUCUGAAGAUCCCAUUUCACAAUAUUUAUUAGCCGUGAGGAAAGAAUCUCUUGCUGGGCCACCAGUCACUUUUAUUACCAAUCGUCAAGCACCACAAAUUACAUCAACACCCAAAUCUACACCUCAAAAUAAUCGAGAUCAAAUUUCAGACCAUUGGUCUUCUGAAUUAAUGACUCAAUUUGUAUUUCUAAAAGAAGAAUUGCUCAAAACACAACACUCAAUCCCAAUCAACCCUCAUAUCCCAGAAACUACAGCCAAUUGGAGAAAGUAUUUCUUAGAACCACCGCCAGAAAUAAGCUAUUUUUUCACUGUAAUAGAUAGACAAACAGUUUUCAAACUACUUGUGUAUAUAACAAGAUGGUUAAGUAUCACAUCAAGACCUACAUUAUCGCAAUGGAUUUGGAAAUUGUUUUUACGCAUUGAUAAAGUUUUGGAUCCAAAUGAAUGUUCAGUGAUACGAGAUUUGGGUAAAAAAGCACUUACAAUCAAAUCAAAACAGUUGAAAGAUGAAAAUAAAGCUACAGUUGAUUCUAUUUCAAAGUAUACCACUGAUAUGAUUUUAGUAAUAGUAGGUAAUUAUUAUGGUCAAUCGGAUUUAUUAAAGUGGUAG